AUGGCACCACAGGAUUCUGCAGAGGAGGAUCACAAGGUCCCUCAGGAUGAUCAGGGUGACAGCUUGGCUAUUACCAAAGUGGUGGCUGUAGACCCGUCUGUGAAAGGUGAUGAGCCGUGUAAGGAGGAGGAAGUUCCUGUCGAGAUCGGCACAGAUGGACGGUACAGAAGGUGCGGUUUGGAGAAGAGUCCUGCCAUGUCAAAUAGAGACGUAGAAAAUGGUGAUAUGGCGGAGUGUUCCAUGACACCAGUUCUUCCUCACAGUGCAGAUCCCUCAUCCAAACCCUCUACACGUUUUCCUCCCGUCACCCAUCACCCAGCCGGUAGAGGUGGUGACCCGUUCCCAUGUUCCGAGUGCGGUGAAUACUUUACGCAGACAGAGAACCUCACCUCACACCUCGAAACCCACACAGGAGAGAAGCAAUACUGGUGUUCAGAGUGUGGAAAAGGCUUUGCCAGAAAAUCGCAUCUGGCUUGUCACGAGAGAACUCACACGGCCGAGAAGCCGUUUCCUUGCCCCGAUUGCGGCAAGUGUUUUACCCAGAGGGGAAACCUUCUUUCACAUCAGAAGGCUCACAUGGGGGAGAAGCCGUUUUCAUGCCCCGAGUGCGGGAAAUGCUUUUCUCGGAAGGAGCAGCUCAUCAGACACCAGACAUCCCACACGGGCGAGAAGCCCUUCUCGUGUUCCGAAUGCGGGAAGCGUUUCACCGAAACCCGUUAUCUCAUCUCGCAUCAGAGGACUCACACAGGGGUGAAGCCGUAUUCGUGUUCCGAAUGCGGGAAAUGCUUUUCUUGGAAGUCGGUUCUUAUCAGGCACGAGAGGACCCACACGGCGGAGAAGCCAUAUCCGUGUUCUGUGUGCGGGAAGUGUUUCUCCCAGAGGGGAAGCCUCAUCUCUCACCAGAGGACUCACACGUCUGAAAAGCCGUACCCCUGCUCCGAAUGUGGCAAGUGUUUUACCCAGAGGACUACUCUCAUCUCUCACCAGAUGACUCACACGGGGGAGAAGCCCUAUUCCUGCCUGGAGUGCGGGAAGUGCUUUUCCCAGCGGGCCACUCUCACCGCACACCAGAAGACACACACAGCCGAGAAGCCAUUUUCCUGUUCGGAAUGCGGCGACUGUUUUUCUCGGAAGUCGUCUCUUAUCCGCCACGUUCAAAGAUCGUACAGGGAGAGGACAUAUGUGUGUUCGGAAUAUAGGAAAUGUGUUAGUGAAAGAUCAGAGACUACUAAACAUGACAGAACAGACUUGAAUUCAUAUUCCGAAUAA